AUGCAACGUCACUUUUCGGACCUCAGGGGAGAGCAGUCACCAACGGAUGGAGCCACGCUUAGCCUGCCCACACCUGAGUCCACGGAAGACAGCGGGGAAUUGUGUUGGUCAGAGAUCCUGAAGAAGGACAAACUCUCCCCGCGGCUGGUGCCCGCCAACCCCCUCAAUGAGGACACCUGCUUCUUGGCCAGGCCCCGCAGGCUGCUGGGCUGGAGUAGCUCUCCGUCGUCCUCACAGUCAUCCUCGGAGUACCACUCCUACUCGCAGUACCAGUCCUGUUGCUCCUGCCUGUGUGGCGAUGAGGACGCCCCGCCGCAGAGCGUGUGCGCCCUCUACACACACGUGCAGACCGUGCGAGGAGUGGCCGUGGCCUGGGAGACAGAGGAAGGCUUCCAGCCGGUCAACAGGAAGCCCCGCAUCCACGAAGCUGAGUUCAUCAAGAGGCAGAGGAAGAAAGGGUCGUCCUUCGAGAUGGCGUCCAACACGGACCUGUACUGGGACCUGGAGGCCUGCCAAGACAGCCGCAGCCCGGAUCCGGCCGAGGGCGACGAAGACGACACGGAGCAGCUGCAGCCGCUGGAGUGCUGCCUGCAGGAGCUGCGGCCCCCCGACUGGCUGGUCACCACCAACUAUGGCCUGCGCUGCGUGGCCUGCUGCCGCGUCUUCCCCUCGCUGGAGGAGCUGCUGGCGCACGCUCAGUUCGGCAUCCGCGAGGGCUUCAGCUGCCAGAUCUUCUAUGAAGAAAUGCUGGAGAGGAGGCGGGCCCGGGACCAAGCCCAAGAUGAGCAGCUGGAGGAGGAGGAAGAGGAGGAAGAGGAGGAACAGAAUCCUUCUGACAAGAGUGAGUCGUCCCGCCCCCAGGGCCAGGAGGCGCAGCAGUAGCAGCAGCAAGCAGAGCCCAACCUUGUCCUCACCUCCACAGCCUGGGACCGCUCUUUCCUUCCCCAACCGGCAGGACCAGCGCCUGGGGGGCAGUCAGCAGGCAGCACGGGAGAAGAAGAGUGGAGACUGGAGGAGCAAGAUGGGAGGUCGGGCACCCUUCUCAAGGUCACAGCGCUUGGCUCAGAGUCCACCUCAAAGGCUGAAUGCGAAGGAGAGGGCUUCAGGUGCUUCCCGGGGUGGGUGCAAGAUCUGAGAGCCUCUCCCCACGCCGAGCACGUGACCACAGGGAUUUCUAUUUUUUGCCGAUGGAUCAAGUAGGCCCACACUUGAACCAGGGAAGUUUCGGCCCUAUUUUUUUUUUCACUAUUAGGAAUCCGUCAUAUGCCCCAAUUCUAUGUCUUAUAUUAUUGGGAUUAAACCUGAAUAACUCAAAUGCAAACCA